UUGCCUUCUCACCGCUUCCGGUUCCGGUUCCAGCGGGGCUUGCAUCCCGAGGCGUUUUUGCACCAUGGCGGGCAGCCGCCUGGAAACUGUGGGCAAUGUUUUCACCAGGACCCGGGACCUGCUCCGGGCGUCGGUGUUGAAGGAGAAACCCCUUUGGUUUGACGUCUACAAGGCCUUUCCGCCGCUGAAGGAGCCGGCGUUCCAAAGGCCCCGCCUGCGAUAUGGUAAAGCCAAGGCUCCCAUCCAGGACAUCUUUUACUACGAGGAUCGAAUCAGAGCGAAAUUUUAUUCUACCUAUGGAUCUGGUCCAAAAGCUUUUGAUCUGUUCAAUCCUAAUUUCAAGUCUACCUGUCAACGAUUUGUGGAGAAGUACUUUGAGCUGCAGAAUCUUGGAGAAACAGAUGAAGACAAGUUAUUUGUGGAAACAGGGAAGGCUUUAUUGGCAGAAGGUAUCAUUUUAAGACGAAUAGGAGAAGCAAGGACUGUAAAUGUCAGACCCCAAACUACGUUGGAAGGAAACCAGCCUCGGAGCGAAAUUGCUACAGACCAGCCUUCUGAGGCACCCAAAGAGCCACCGAAAGCUCUUUCUCCUCCCUGAAGGAGUAUUGUGUACUGACAGCUGCACUGUGCUCACUUGGUGAAUGCUGAGCUAUUUUUAAUAAUCAAACUGUGUAAAUAUUCCUUGAUCGCUGAGGCAUAUGUUUGCCUUCUCUUCCCAUUUCUGGGUUGUCAGAAAACUUGUAUCGUGGUUGGAAAGAAGCAGUUUUGUGAACUUUUAUUUCAGGAUGUUACUAAAUAAAGGAUUCCCUGGCUGCUUAUAAG